AUGAAAGAAGCGGUCCAAGUAGUGGAGGUGCCUCUCGUGCCACCAACUGAUGAUCAGGUAAUUUUGAAAGUAGUGUUUGCCGGCGUCAACGCCACUGAUGUUAAUGUGACGGCCGGUCGGGUAUUCACCGAUCAGCUCCAAGUCCCUCACGAUGUCGGACUCUUAGCUUUUGGAGUUAUAGAAGUGUUGGACAAAAAUGUUAAGUCCUUAAAAGUGGGACAGCCGUGUUACGCCAAACCAGAGGAAUUAAUACCUAUGCCAUGUCUAAUGCCGGAGCUUAUUUUGCUCAGCAAUGGUCUUACAGCUCGUAUAGCCAUAGACCAGGCGUGUAAUGUUAAAAGUGGUGAUAAAAUAUUGAUAACCGCACCGGCUGGUAGUGUGGGACAUAUAGCUGUUCAAUGGGCUAAACAUAAGGGUUGUUAUGUUAUAGGAAUGACUUCAUCGGAAGAAAAGGCAAAACUAUUGAAAGAGUUGGGAACCGAUCGAGUGAUCAAUUAUAAGACCGAGAACUUGGAUGAAGUGCUCACUAAAGAGUUUCCGGAAGGCAUUGAUAUAAUUUGGGAGACAAUUGGCGGAGAGAUAUACCAAACAUUAUUCAAACAUUUAGCAAAUAAGGGACGACUAGUUAUAUUUGGGUGCACCAGUGGCUACGAAAAUGUUGGUUUUCCUGAUGUCCAUAUACCUAACCUUCCAUAUCAGUUAUUAUUAGGAAGUAAGACAGUGACUGGUUUUGCUGUUCCCCAUUACAUACAUUUGUUCCCACAAUAUAUGCCACAAUUAAUUGAAGACAUUAUGACAAAGAAAUUGCGAGUUGUGUUGGAUUUUGGACUCAAAUCAAGUAAAGGAGAAUUCAUAGGAAUUGAUUCUGUGGUGAAUGGGGUGGAGCAUUUGUUUAGUCGUAAAAACGUGGGAAAAGUUGUCAUCAAAAUCCAAGAUCAAUGA